GUGCUACCGGGAGACCCAGUGAUGUCAAAUGAAGCAGGGAUCAACCAUCACGGUGUAACAGUGUGUUAUGUGGUGGUGGUGAUGGUGAUGAUGAUGAGGCCGUGCUAAGAUUCAUCUCAUCACAGCAGCGGAUGCUCGGUACAUGCGCCCAGCGCAGCGCGUGCAGCAUCCGACCGCGUUCUUAAAGGCGCAGCGAUACACCUUCGUUCGUCCCCGGGCUCGUGCGUCACACCGAGGUCCCCCUCACAUCUGGAUAGACGCUCGUACACUGACACCGAAUCGACCGAUACGGCGGAACGCGGGGAAAUACUCGACGUUUGACGCGUUCGGCGAAUACACGGGAGCGGACGGUGACCAGCGCCUCUGUCCAGGGUGCUGCGGGGUUUUCCCUCAUCCAUCGCUUUCCAAAUCCCCGUUUGGGUGGAGUCGAACCGUUUUUCCUGAUCUACUGAAGUCUGACCACUGACAAUUCAGGACACAAUCAUGAAGGAUGGAAUGGCCAAUAACAGCACAGCGAGCAUCUCUCAUGCCCGGAAGGCCGUUGAGCAGCUCAAGAUGGAAGCCUGCAUGGACCGGAUAAAGGUGUCCAAGGCGGCGGCGGAUCUGAUGGCAUACUGUGACGCUCACAUACGAGAGGAUCCGCUCAUCGUCCCCGUGCCGGCGUCAGAAAACCCCUUCAGAGAGAAGAAGUUCUUCUGCAGCAUCCUCUGAGGCCGGGCCGCGUCACAGGUGGUGAUUCUGUGUUCCCGGCUGCUGCCCUUGAGCUGUGUUUGAACGGCAGUCACAUCUGUUGAUGGAUCCGAUCCCUCCUGAAGGCCUGUGGGGGGGUUUGGGGUGGGCGGUCAUUUAACUGGCAACCCAGUCUGAGCGUUUCACGUCUCGUUUCAUAGGUUUGUUAUUGCUUCGUAUUUUAGAGAACAGCCUUUCUCACUGCUUACGACAUGAGAGAGUUUUGUGUUUCGUUUUGCUUCUCUGAGGAAUUUUGAAGAGCCGGCAUUUUGAUAUUUAGACAAUUUUAUAAACCGACACUUAUUUGAUGCACACUACCGGUCAAACGUUCGGACACGGCUGACUUGAAUCGUUUUUCAUGCAGCUCAGAUAAUGUUUUGCGUUUUAUGAAUAUGGUUCGGUAACCGCGAUAUUAUUCCCAUAUUUCGAUCAUGGUUAUUCUUCUGAAAUGUGAAAAGCGAUAAAGAACGAGUAGGCAUGUUCAAAUCUUCGGCUGGUAGUGUAUUUCUAUUUCAAUUUCAAUGACUUCCAUUCCCAUUCCAGUAUGAUCAUAUUUAGACUUUUUACUGUAAAAGCAAAGCAGAAGUGUUUGAGUUUCCAAAUGACAUUGUGACAAACAGACCAGGGCCCGUGUUCUUAAAGCUUCUUAGAAUCCUUUAUCUCAGUGAGGAGGCGGGGCCGACCCCGUUGCUGCGUAUGACACAGUCUUUUGAAGACUGUGAUUGGUUGGUUGCCCAACAAGGACGACAUUGCUCUUUUAAGUAUAGGAUCUAAAUAUAAGCCUUAAAUUGAAAUUUUCUGUUUUACCGUACACAUGCAGUAUAUAUAUAUAUAUUGUUUGUGUGAUCAUUUUGCUUAUAGAAGGUUGUGACAGACGCAAAUCUCUGCUGCAUCAUUGCAUUUUUCCAGCUGCCGAACGUGUUAAUGCAAUGAUGACUUUCUGGCGCCAUGGCAUUUCUGCGCUGUUUUGGAGAUGUUAGCGUGUCUCUAAUAGGAUCGGUCAUAACAUGAACCCUACACAAUCUAAUGUGUUGUGUCUUAUUAACUCGCUGUCGUUCAAUUUGAUUUGAUUUUUAAUUUAAUUUAAUUAUUUAUUUUAUUUUACGCAUUUGGCAGACGCUUUUAUCCAAAGCGACUUACAUUGCUUUAUCCUAUACAUAGGUAUGUGCAAUCCCUGGGAUCGAACCCACAACCUUGCGUUGUUAUAACGCAAUGCUCUUACCACUGAGCUACAAAGCAGCUGUAAAAGAAAACCAAAACCAAGAAAAACACACACACACACACAAAAAAACUAAACAAUAAAAAAUCUGAUAAACCGUAAACGUAAUAUGGAAAUUGUCAUGCACAUUUCUUCUCAUCUUUUCUUUAAUUUUAGAGGGAAACGCCCCCGCAUUUCUACGAGUUUUCGUAGGAGCAACUCUUUGCACUUAGAUUUUUCAUGAAUACAGGCCCAGGUUUUGAUUCCUCGUGGAAAAAUAAGGGCGUCCAUUUUUGAAGCAUGUGAACUCACUAUUUGUAAUACUAGACUUGUUAUACCCCUGUCGAUCUGAGAGCCAGUGCAAAUUGAGUUUGAUGUUUUUAUUGAAAGAUGGCUCUCUCUCUAUGAUGCUGUCAGAAUUCAGUUCUGGAGGUGUUGUGUUGUGCAUCUGGUGCUGAAUGACGGUCGGAUUGUACAGAUGUGUUUAAUCGGAUGCCCCAUCUGGCACAUAGACUCCAGCGAGACGCACGCAACCGGAAGAACUAACUCCAUUACCCAGUUCAUUUCAAAUCACCACAGUUAUAUGCUGAUUAUAACACAUUUUGUUUAUCACAAAGUUAUUUGGAAGCUUCCCACAAUGCAAUAGGAUGAUUUUAUUGUCUCAAUCACCUUGCUCCUAAUGAUAAUGAUUUAUUUCACCAUCUCUGAAGGGCCUUACACGACUGGGCAUGUUUAUGAUAGAUCUUCAGUUGUUUUUUGCCUGUCCUGAUAUAAACAGCAAAGCCUUUGACUGAAAUGCCAAACGGAGAGGUUGCAUGUUUACCUGUUGUGUGUGUGUGUGUGUGUGUGUGUGUGUGUGUGUGUGUGUGUGUGUUCUCUAUGAGAGAUUGUGUGUGAAUAUCGAGAGGUCAUUUUUGAGUGCCAAGUACUGUGACGAUUGCGUGUCCUCUACACUGUUAUUUCACAGGCUUUUUCCUAUUUAAAACAAAAAAGCACAAUGUCAGAUGUUUUCUUUAUAUUACUGUAAUUUUAGUCUAGGCUUUAUGGAUUUAUACGAAUCAAAGUGUUAUUAUAUUAAUGCACAGCUCCUGAUGAGGUGUUGACUCUGUAUUCUGUAUUAAAGCCCCUUUAAAGUGAACACGGGUGGAUGAAGGACAACGGUCAUGUUUUGUCGUCCAGGUUUGUGGCAGCAACUUGCAAACAUCUGUAUAUCAAGUUAAAAGCGUGCAGACGUAAAUGCUAUCUUUGCAUGAGACAGCAUUUAAGUUAAGAAUGUGGACUGGUUAUUUCACGAAUGAUGGAUUAAAGGUGACAUACUUUCAUGAGUAUAAUGCACCAUGUGUUACUUGAGAGUGAUGGUUUGUUGAAGGUUGUGAAGGUGGUUGUGCAAGUGUGUUUGCUAAUACACCGAAAGAACGGAGCCCCAAUCAUUUCUACAAAAGUACAAAUCAAUUACAAAAUGUAAACUGUCUUUAAAAUGAUUACUACUGCUGUUAUCUAAACAAACAUAACUUGCAUGGACUGAAUACCUAUUAGAACUUUGAGAUACACUGUUAGUGAAUCAAUGCCUAAAUGUUUGGAUUUGUUGGUGCUUUUCUGCACUGUUCUCUUUUAGAAGUCUGAAUGUGUAGCUCUGUGCAGUUGUACAAAUUAAUAAACAUUUGAAAACUGUCUGCUUUCAUUAGU